CCAAUGGGCGGCUGGCGUCCCCCUCUCAGCCUCGGCGACAUCCACCCAGCGAGGAGCGGACGUGCGCGGCGCAGUUGCGGUGUGCGGCCGACGCAGGCUGCUCUCAAUCGGAUACUCUCUCUUCCAGGCACCGGGGACGAAAGUAGCGCCGUCAACCACCACCAGCACCACCGCCGCCACACCAGGUGUGCCGAGACUCUCCCUGCUUGUCUCCAGCAUGAAGACCGAGUCGUCACUCUGACCCGCAGACUGCCAGAGACAGGAGGACCGCGGCUGCACCGAGACCCUCAAGGCCUCGUUGCCAUGGAGAGAGUGUGCGUGCUCGUGGCGCUGUGGGCCGCCGUCGCCCAGCUGGGCUCGCCGGCCACGGGGCUGAGACCCCCGAGAAGGACUGCAGCGGGGCACAAGGGGUCCUCGGGCCUGACGGGACAGGACGCCAACGGGGCGCCGCUCAGGCGCUCCAAGCGAGGGUGGAUGUGGAACCAGUUCUUCUUGUUGGAGGAGUACACGGGAACUGACAUGCAGUAUGUCGGCAAGCUCCACUCCGACUCCGACCGCGGGGACGACAGCGUGCGCUACGUGCUGACGGGCGACGGCGCCGGCUCGAUUUUCAAGAUCGACGAGAAGUCGGGUGACAUCCACGCCACCAAGCGCCUGGACCGCGAGGACAAGGCCUACUACGUGCUGCGCGCCAAGGCCGUCAACCGCUUCACCAACGUGGCGCUGGAGGGCGAGUCGGAGUUCAUCAUCAAGAUCCACGACAUCAACGACAACGAGCCGCGCUUCACCAAGGACCCUUACCUGGCCAGGGUGCCCGAGAUGGCCGACAUCGGUACGUCGGUCAUCCAGGUGACGGCCUUAGACGCAGACGACGCCACCUACGGGAACAGCGCCAAGGUGGUCUACAGCAUCCUGGAGGGCCAGCCCUACUUCUCUGUGGACCCAGAAACUGGCUUGAUCAAGACAGCCCUGCCCGGCAUGGACCGGGAGGUCAAGGAGAACUACCAGGUGGUCAUCCAGGCUAAGGACAUGGCAGGACAGAUGGGGGGUCUGUCGGGGACCACCACCGUCAGCAUCACGCUCUCUGACAUCAACGACAACCCGCCGCGCUUCACCAAGACGCUCUAUGAGUUCAAGGUGCCCGAGUCCACCGCGGUGGGCUCGCCGGUGGGAGUCAUCCGGGCCGUGGACAACGACAUCGGCGAGAACGCGGACAUGGACUACAGGAUCAUCGGCAGCGACGGGCCUGGAAUGUUCGACAUGUCCACCAACAGGAGCUCACAGGAGGGUGUCAUCGUGCUCAGGAAGCCGCUGGACUUCGAGAGGAAGCGUCAGUACGGCCUGCGCGUGCAGGUGGACAACGUCCACCUCGUCCCGCGCUUCUUCUCCGCGGGGCCCUUCAGGGACGAGGCGUCCAUCAAGAUCACGGUGGAGGAUGUGGACGAGCCGCCCGUGUUUGAGCGAGCCAACUACGCCAUGGAAGUCAAAGAGGACGCCGCGGCCAACACCGUCAUCGGCUCGGUCAGCGCCUCCGACCCGGAUGUCAAACGCAGCCCUGUCAGAUAUUCCAUCGACCGACGCACCGACAUGGACCGUGUGUUCGAUGUCCACGCCACCAACGGCUCGGUGUUUCUGCUCAAAGAGUUGGACCGCGAGGAGAACGCUUGGCACAACAUUUCUGUCAUCGCCUCCGAGUUCAACAACCAGAACCAGAACAGCCGCGUGCCCGUCCACAUCCGAGUGCUGGACGUCAACGACAACGCACCAACUUUCGCCACCAACUACGAGACGUUUGUGUGUGAGAACGCUAAAGCCAAUCAGAGGAUCCAAACGGUGAGCGCCACUGACCCGGACGAGCCUCUCGGAGGACAUCGCUUCUUCUUCAGUCUGGCCCAGGAGAACGCCGGCAAGGCCAACUUCUCCGUCCGCGACAACCGAGGUAGCGUCACGCCGUUUGUGCGGCCGAGAGUUCAGCGCUCAUCUUCUUUUCGGAUUUUUUCAGACAACACGGCGUGGAUCCUGACGCGGAGGAACAGCUACAGCAGCCUCCUGAAGAGCGUCUACCACGUGCCCGUGGUCAUCUCGGACGGCGGCAUGCCCGUACGCAGCAGCACCAACACGCUCACCGUCAGGGUGUGCACGUGCGACCGCGAGGGCAACAUGAAGUUGUGCAACGCCGAGGCGCUGACGGCCAGGGCGGGGCUGAGCACGGGGGCGCUGGUGGCUAUCUUGCUGUGCGUCAUGAUCCUGCUGAUGAUCGUGGUUUUGUUCGCCGCCCUGAGGAGGCAACGCAAGAAGGAGCCCCUGAUCAUCUCCAAAGAGGACGUGCGGGACAACGUGGUCAGCUACAACGACGAGGGCGGCGGCGAGGAGGACACCCAGGCCUUCGACAUCGGCACGCUGCGCAACCCCGAGGCCAUCGAGGACGCCAAGCAGCGGCGGGACAUCCUCCCCGAGGCGUACUACCCACCGGCCAGGCGGCCCGCGCCCCCCUUGGCCCGGAACAACAACAACGGCGACGUGAGGGACUUCAUCAACCAGAGGAUCCAGGACAACGACGGCGACGCCACUGCUCCGCCGUACGACUCGCUGGCCACGUACGCCUACGAGGGCAGCGGCUCCGUGGCCGAGUCGCUCAGCUCGCUGGAGUCGGCCACCACCGAGGGCGAGCAGGACUACAACUACCUGAGCGAGUGGGGGCCGCGCUUUAAGAAACUGGCUGACAUGUACGGCGCCGACGACAGCGACAGAGAUUCCUAACGAGCGGCGACUUUCUGUGCCAGGGCGGACGCACGGACACCCCGUGGUUGGCGUCAUGUGUCCCGUCACGUGGUAGUUAGGGCAAAGGGACCUCUGUGUGGUGUUAAGCCACGCCCGCCGGAAUAUAUCUAACUGUUUUUUUUUUUUUUCUUCUUUGUUUUUAUCGUGCCGCUGCUGCCUGUGACGAACACGCUGGCGCAGUUGUGUACUUUUUGUGCGACAAACAUCACGCUGCAUAUUGUGAUCUUAGCUUGUGUACGUUCAUGAUCAAAAACACUGUACAGACAUCUUCACCUCGACACUCACAGCGCCCCCUGGCUGUGCUCAAGGUAAAGGCGGACAGGAAGUCAACCAAUGCUGGGAACUUUAGUGAAUUUGUUCAAAGAAAGUCUCUUUAGGACGACGGAGGACAUAAUAGAACGCGACACCUCAAAGAUUUGCUGCCUCGACAUCGCCGAGGGUUUUUUUUUUUCUUUUUGCGGCGCAUCUUUGUUUUUAUUCACCCCCUCUGACGCAAACAUGGUGGCGCUGUCCUGGUAGAUGUUGGUUGUCGAUGUGUAGACGCCGUGGGUGCGUUGGUGACAAAUGUGGAGUUCUGUGAGCGUAGGCAAAUAUAUUAAAAAAAACAAAAACAUGUUUGGGGGGUUGUCUGACUGUCCCGUUACUUCUGCUUUGUACAAGGUGACAUUUUGUACGGAAUAUUUAUAUGACGCGAUUAAAUAUCUUCAAACGUG